UGUAUAUGUGAAUAGUAUAUAUUUCCAUCAUUACAUAUAGCUAGUGGCAAUAAAAAGCAUUAAUUUGUUGCAGUUAAUUUUUAUAAACGGUUGUAUACUUUUCCAAUCGACAUACAUUAUCCUAAUAUAUAGGAAAGUUUCUGCAGAUACAUGAAUAUAUGAUACAACAUCGACAUGAUACUCUUGAAACUAUUAAUAAGUAGCGGAUUAAUAUUUAUGACCGCGACGGCUUUUUAUCCCGAUGAAGCUUCAUCCAAGCUAUUAAAUUAUAUAAAACCAAAGCAUUACGAUAUCAAGCUUAUACCAUUUAUUGAAGGACAGAUUUUCUACGGCGAAUCCAAUAUCAGCAUUAACAUUCUUUAUGAAACGCAACAUAUAAACUUAUAUUCAGAAAAACUGUGCAUUAGUAGUAUGCUUCUAAAUGCGAAUCUAGAAGAAUCUGAUAAAGAGAAUAAAUAUAUAGUUUAUAAACCGAUAUACACACAGAAUAUUGAAACGCCUAUUCUUGACAUUUAUUUUAAGGAUAAAUUACCACCAGGAAAUUACACUCUAAAUAUAAAAUAUACCGGUUCUGUAGCUAAUGACGGAGGUCUCGAAAUUUUCAGCGUAGGUGGGCAUAAUAAAAAUAUAACUUGGCUGGCCGCUACGAUCUUCCGUGCAACUGGCGCUCGACGAUUGUUUCCAGGCUGGGACAAGCCUGAUUUAAAAGCAACCUUUAAUAUUUCUGUAAUGCAUUAUAAUCAGUACAUGGUUCUGUCAAAUAUGCCAGUGCAAAGAAUGGAAAAUCGUCAACACAAAAUGAUGUGGACAUACUUCGAUAUCACUCCUGCAAUGUCCACUUAUCUCGCAACAAUUAUUAUGACUGAUUUAUACCGUAUUUAUAGUACAUCUGGAGAUGUCAGUAUGUGGUGUAGACUUUAUACCGCAUCUCACUUGAUGUUUGCAGCAGAUGUAGCUGGAAAUAUUACGCUAUUUUUGGAAAACGAAUGGAAACGCUUCCCGAAUAUUUCGAAAGCGGAACAUGUCGCAUUUCCAAAUUUCGAAAAAGAAAUUAUGGUGCAUUUAGGAAUCAUUCUUUAUAGUGAAACAGAUAUUACUUAUGAUAAUAUGACAGAUCCUGUUGCACGCAAAUUCCAAGUAGCUCGAUUAGUAGGACCUAAAAUGAUAAAGGAAUGGUUUUAUAAUGUGAUCAAACCAUUUUGGCUGCCUUAUUGGUUAAACGAGGGUUUUGCUACAUUCUUUGGAAUAUAUGCUGCCAAUAAGACAUUCCCAGAUUAUCGAAUGAUAGAUUUAUUUCUUGUCCAAGUUCAACACGAUUUCCUCCGUUUGGACGAUGACCAUGUGGGGCUUUUUACAUCACAUUUCAACAACUUAUCUAAAAGUCUUUAUCACAUCAAAGGAUAUUAUCGCGUGAACUAUGAUGAUGAGAAUUGGCGAAGAAUUUCGAAUUAUUUAAAUCUUGAAAAUUACAUGAAUAUACAUGUUUUAAAUCGUGCCCAACUUAUCGAUGACGCGUUUCAUUUCAUGCUAGCACGCCAACUCAAUUCUUCUAUAUUUUGGAAUCUCGUAAGUUAUCUAGAGCGAGAGACAGAUUAUGUGGCAUGGUAUCCUAUGCUCAAAGCUCUGGAAUACAUAUCGAGUGUCUUUCCAUUACCGGAGAAAAAUGUGGAUGUUAUCAAGGUAAACCAAAUUUUGAGAAUUAUGGACCAAUUAAAUAACACAAUCGAAAGCAAGAUAAAAAUUCGAUGCGACCAAAUCGAUAGACAGGCAAAGUACUUUGAGAGUUUUCUAAUAAUCGAUUAA